CCAUUUUAACAUUUCUAUUGUUUCCUUGUCAUAUUUUCUCAUAUGGAGCGUGAUUUUAAUCUCGUUUUAUGUAUAAGUGAAUUUAUAUAGGCUCGUCAACAAGUUAUAAGUAACUUUUUCAUCUAAUUCCGUAUAUGCACAUAUUUACAUUUAAAGACGGACGACCGUGCAUUUACACGUGACAGUAUAAUUAGAAUAGAAAUAUGGAUGACAGACUCAUGCUUCCUAACCUAGUUGGACUCGAAUAAAGUAAUUUUCAUUGGAUCGAAGUAUCAAUCCUAAAGUAUUUUAUCUUCAAAAUAUAUAAAUUUAAUUUUAAUAUAAACAUACACAUUGUGAUAUAAGUAAAAGUAUAGUUACACUAGUUUACAAAUUUCAUGGUGUAAAGUGCUCGUGUUUUAUUAACUUUAAGCAGUUGCAAUAUAAUAUAAGUUAGCCAUGCAAGAAAAUACACGUGUAUUACCACGAAUUUUUACUGCAAUACAAAAUGUAGAUAUAGGAAUUUUAGCUGUGUGUCCUCACAAAGAAAUACGACCAAUUCUACCGUGUUUAGUUCGAAUGAGUCUUAUAUCUCCAUUAGAUGUAACAAAAGAAUGUGUAGAACAAAGAAAGCAGGUCCUGUCAAUUUUAUCUGGUAUUGAAUCAGUGAAUUCAAUAAUUGCGCUGCUUUCUAUUGACUUUCAUGCGUUGGAAACGGAUGUUCGAAAGGAACAACAAUUAAGACAAAAAAUGGGAAGCUUGCAAAGGGAUAGUGUACUUGCUCAGUCACUGCAAAGUGGUCUUGCUCUAGAAUUUGAGCGCAGUGAAUCUACUAGGAGAAUUAGAUUAGUCCUAAGUGAACUGUUAUAUAUAGCCUCUCAAGUACAGGAGCAACAGAAAAAUCAAGAAUUUCAAAUUAAACAAUCUGAUCUAUUUGAUAAUGCAGUUUAUAUGGAAGAGAUUAGUUAUGUGAUUUGUGUAGCACUAUCAGAAUUACCGACAGUUUUAUCAAUAUUGGAUAUUACAGAAACAUUACUACAUGUUAAAUAUGGUCCAGAAAUAAUUUGUUGGAUAGUUGCUAAUAUCCCUGAUAGUUUUUCCGAAGUUUGUGCACAUUUGAUAGGUAAUGGAGAAAGGCAAGAAGAAUCAGCAUUAGGUAGGAUUAGAACAAUGGCUUUGACAAUGUUAUGUCAAAUGAAUCCAAGCCAAGCGUUAGCAAUAAGAGCCAAGUGUGUAGAACUAUGUAGAAUGCCUGCUUUAGCAAUUACAUUAAGCUUGGAACAUGAAAAUAUCAAUAAUACACUGGCGGAAAGUGAUAUAGUUGCCUUUGUGUCAGGAUUAUUGCUUGGCAGUGAUCAACAAGUAAGAACAUGGAUCGCAAUGUUUAUUAGAAAUGGUCAAAAACGUAAAUGGGAAUCUCAUACAGCAUUACAAUGUUUAAGAGAAGAACUGCUAAAACGAUUGCAAGCAAUAACAUCUCAAAAUGCAGGUCAACUACCAGAAAGUCAGGUUGUUCAAGCUAGUGCAUUGUUGCGCCUUUAUUGUGCAUUAAGAGGCAUUGGAGGUAUUAAAUUUCAAGAUGAUGAAGUAGCAAUGAUAGUGCAGUUGUUGACAUCUCAUCCUCCUCCAUCACCAGCUGGUGUGAGAUUUGUCUCUUUAGGCCUUUGUAUGCUUAUUGCAUGCUCUUCAUUAAUAGGCCAUCAUAAUCUUGAAAAGCGAAGCAUAGAAUGGGUUCAAUGGCUUGUACGCGAAGAAGCUUAUUUUGAAAGUGCUAGUGGUGUAACAGCAAGUUUUGGAGAAAUGUUGCUUUUGAUGGCAAUACAUUUUCAUAGCAAUCAACUAUCAGCCAUUUGUGAACUCGUAUGUGCAACUUUGGGGAUGAAAAUACCAAUUAGACCAAAUAAUUUAACUAGAAUGAAGCAAAUUUUUAUGCAAGAGAUAUUCACUGAACAAGUUGUCACUUCUCAUGCUGUAAAAGUACCAGUAACAGCUAAUUUAAAUGCAAAUAUCCCAGGAUUUUUGCCUGUACACUGUAUUCAUCAAUUGUUGAAGUCAAGAGCAUUUGCUAAACAUCGAGUGCCAAUAAAAAAUUGGAUUUAUAAACAAAUUUGUAACAGUGUACCACCAUUGCAUCCGGUUCUUCCUGCUUUAGUCGAAGUAUAUGUCAAUUCAAUUUUAGUGACAAAUAAUAAAACAUCAGAACACACAAACAAACCAAUUACUGAAGAUGAAAUUAGAAGAGUAUUUCAAAAUAGCGUUUUCGGGGCAAAUUUUGAUUUUAAGAAUAUCAACAGUGUCCCCAAGACUGAAACAGAUAAUAUGGAUAUCGAUAUUUCAAAACCUUCUCUUACAUCACAAUUACUAUUGUUAUAUUACUUAUUACUGUAUGAAGACGUUAGAUUAUCUAAUAUGCAUACUUUUAUAUCACAAGAUAGGAAAGUUAAAUCAUAUUCAACUGAAUUUUUAUCAGAGUUACCAAUAAAAUACCUACUUCAGUUGGUUCAAAGAGAUCAAAUGAAUUAUGCUGGAUUAUUUUCUCCUCUUCUCAGAUUAUUAGCAACACAUUUCCCUCAUCUUUCGUUAGUAGAUGAUUGGCUUGACAAUGAAAUGCUCAACAUUGAUUCUACAGUAACAAAUUAUGAGAAUGUAAAAAUUACUGAUAUCAUGAUAAUUGAAACAUUUUCGCAUAUCCAAACAUGUCCUUCAAGAACAGGAAGACUUUUAAGACAAUUAAUGUCAAUGAAACCAACUGACAUUUGGCCGCAUGCCGAAGUUAUAAUUCAUUAUUUCAAAGCAACUGUAAGUCCAAGAGUUCCUAGGUACAUUCAAGAAUUAUAUAAACAAGUAUGGCUUAGGUUAAAUACAGUACUACCAAGAUGCUUAUGGGUUUUGUCAAUAAAUGCUUUAUUAAUAGAAAAUUCUCUUGUAAAGAAUGUCUUUUUAACACAAGAAAAUAUUGUGUUAGAUCCUUUACAAGUAUUGAGAUGUGAUACAAGAGUUUUUAGAUGUGCUCCAAUUUUGUCUGUUAUUUUAAGAAUUCUACAAGCUGCAUUAGCAGCUUCUCGAUCUCAGUUAUCUAGACAUAUACAAGACAAACCAUUGAUAGAAAAGAUUGGUCAGUUAUCAAGUGAAGCUGAAAGAGAAGAUUUAAGAACAGCAUUAGUGGCAGGACAAGAAAGCGCGGCUGUUCAAAUAUUAUUAGAAGCAUGUUUGGAGACAUCAGAAGAUAGAGAAACACCCGGACAAAUGUGGUCAUUGAGAGAAAUACAAAGUAUAAUCUGUUCAUAUUUGCAUCAAGUCUUCAUAGCAGACCCAUCAUUGGCUAAAUUGGUUCAUUUUCAAGGUUAUCCAAGAGAGCUGUUACCCAUUACAGUUACUGGUAUUCCAUCCAUGCAUAUUUGUCUUGAUUGGAUUCCUGAAUUACUGUCACAGCCAGAACCAGAAAAGCAAAUAUUUGCUGUAGAUUUAGCUUCACAUCUUGCAAUUCAGUAUGCUUUACCAAAAGCUUUAAGUGUUUCUCGUUUAGCCAUCAACACUUUGAUAACACUUCUAGGAGUAUUAUCUGCUAAAGAUCGAGUAAUCUUAUUUAUGCCUGUGCUAUCAGCAUUAACGCGUAUAUGCUUAGCUUUUCCACCACUAGCUGAAGAUACAACAAGUUUGCUGUUACAACUUGGCAGAGUUAAUUCUGCACAAGCAGCAUUAGGAGAUAAAUCUGCAGAUAUUUUAUGUCAAGAAGUUAAUGAAACCUUUUGUUUGUUAUUACAAAAAGCAAUAUUACAAUCACAAGUAUAUUGAAAUAUUAUUCUUAAUUCCUUUAUACUGCUACUGAAAUCAAUGUUUGAUUGUAUUGCAGUAGAAUAGUAAUUAUCCAAACUGUUCUAAAUAUGUAUCUUGUAAUAUAUAGGGUGUCCCAUCUAACUAUGCCACCCUUAAUUAUUUUCUUAUUUGUCGCAACACAAAAAAAUGUUUCAUGAGUGUUGUAUUGUAUUCGAGUACAUUAGGCUCUGAGGGUGGAAAUCAUCUCAAGGUCAUAUCUUGUGAGAUUUUAUUAAUAGUAACGUUUUUCUAGGCGGCUUAUCUCAUAUUUUCUUUCCUUUUUUUUCUUUUUUUUUUGUCUGUUUGUUUGCUUGUUUGUUUACACCAUUAAAAAGGUGAGAUCAAAACGCAUCCGAUCAUGGCACAUACCAUGAUUUUGAAAUGACCUGAACCGAAAAUUUGGCAAGUAAAUGACUGAAGUGAAAGCUCACGGAAAAUUAAUUACAGAAACAAAAUAAACACGUUAAUCGGCUAAACUUCGUUUCGGGGAAUCACCUUGUUUUUCUUAACUUUUUUGAUGAAAUUGCAGAAAAGCUUUCGCACCUUUGAUUUCAAUGAUUUUGAAAUGUAUUAUAGAAAUCAACAUUUUGAACAACACUUUCUUAUACAUAUGAUCGACGGUAUAUAUUUCUUAGUUUUCGAGAUAUUCGUGAACUACAGUGUUGGUACCGCUACAGUGAAUUAUAUGCCUAUAAACGCGCAUCCGUAGCACACUGAUAUAUAUAUAUAUAUAUAUUUUUUCAUAUCAUGCUGUAUCAGGAUAUACGUUAGUAACGUUUGCUGGCGGCCGAAUAAAAUAACACGUAACACAAGUCUAACUUUUAUCUUUUGUUUAUAGUUGAUAUAGAUUUCGGUUAGGUGUCACUUUAUCUGACCAUCGUGAGGCAUCCGUGAAUCAUUAUUUCUAUGUCCAUGUUGAUACUUAUCUGCUUGCACCAUUAGUAUACAUCUUUAAACCCCAUCUUUGAAGAUUUUAAUAAUUUGGUUACGAUUCAAUAUUAUUAAAAACAUUUAUAAACGCGAAAAUGAUUUGUAAUUUUUAUUAUUAACUCAAAUUAAUGUCAUUAAUGAAUUAAUUCGUAUUAUUUUUAAUUAAACUAGUAGCAAUAUAUUACUAAUUUGAUAUGUUCUUUCAUAUGUUUAUUAAAUUAUUGUUCAUAUUUAGGUUACAUGAAAUAGGAACUUAAUCAUUCUAUUACUACUCCUACUAGAGCACAUUAUUAUUUUCUAUAAGAAUACGUACGAUCAAUAUUAAAUUGUUUAUGUUAAAAUAAAUCUAAUAAAUAAUUUACAUUCUAAUUUUAAUUUUAACUAGAUUUUACAGUACAUCGCGUAAAGAAGAUAGGUUAAACUUAAAAAAUUAUUGUAAUAUGUAUCUUCUUUUAGUACGAUUUUUAUUUUAUUGUAUUUUAUAUAAAUUGUUAUUUUAAAAUACAUUAGGAAAGCUAAGUCGUAUUCACUCUAUAUAAUCGUAGUUCCAUGAUAAAAACUAGUCCUCGUACUUACGUUUGUCGGCUACACAAAGCAAUACUAAGAAGUUUUUAUUAUUUAGUGACGGUUCGAAUGUCAUAACUUUAAGUUUAUGUACAAAGUUUGCCUGAAUGAAACAGUAUUAAAUGUUAUUGGAAUAAAUACGAUAUACAAGCAUGAUGGAGGCUGAAACUGUUGGUAAUCUCGUUCAAAAGAUGAUUAUUUCACUUUUUGGGGAACAAAAACCAG